AGUAUUAGUAAUCACUCAAUAUGGAGAGGAAAGAGAGUGCCAGCGAGUGUCACACGGAGUUUGAUUCUGUGUUAUACAGUGAAGUGGGCCAGUUCGGAAAAUACCAACUCGUCACUAUAGCUUUGUUGGCAUUUCCCGCGCUUGUUAGUGCGUUCAUGGCGGGAGACUACAUCUUCACCGCCGGCAACCUCCCCACUCGGUGUGCGGUACCAGAAUGUGAUGGACGAGAACCAGAGUAUUCGCCGACUUGGAUAACAAACGCCGUGCCAACCACUGACUCCGGUUUUGAUAAUUGCUAUCGCUUCGCCGCCAACAACGUCAGCGGUGCGUCAGCCGGCGACCUUUGUCCUGUGAGCCUAUUCGACAGAGAUACGAUCGUACCAUGCGACGGCUACGUAUACGAGAGAACUAACACUAUUGUGUACGAUUAUGGUAUAGAAUGUAAAGAAUGGUUGCGAGCGUUACCAGGGACACUGAACAGUGCCGGAGGAAUGGUUGCGCUAGUGCUCGCUGGGUUCAUAUCAGACCGUUUCGGGCGUCGAAUGUCGAUCGUUUUCUUUUGUUUUAACAUAGCAUUGGUAGGUUUGAUUCGUGCAUUCUCGGUAAACUUUGCGAUGUACACCGCAUUGCAAUUUAUGCAAACCGCGAUCGGCGGAGGUUCUUUCAGCGCUGCCUAUAUACUUGCUGCAGAAAUUGUAGGACCCAAAUAUCGUGUUCGAACAAGCGCCACUAUGUCUAGUAUGUUUGCAAUGGGGCAAGUUAUUCUCGGCCUUCUCGCUUAUGCUAUACGCCCAUGGAGAACUCUUACCUUGGUGCUUUUCGUUCCUGUAUUCCUAAUUGUAUCUUACCACUGGAUACUUUCUGAGAGCCAUCGCUGGUUACUCAGUAAAGACAAGCAGGAGGAAGGCAAGGCUACGCUGCAGUAUGCAGCGCGGCUAAACAAUAAAGUUAUUUCGGAUAAAAACAUGAACUUCUUGCUAACAUUCAUACCGCGACAAGUAGAAGAAAAUAGGCGUGUAUCUGACGAAAAUUUAUUUUUUAAAGUUAUCAAAUCUCCUGUACUACUGCGGCGGUGUUGCACGACUCCUAUCUUGUGGAUGACGACUGUGUUAAUUUAUUAUGGUCUAUCUAUAAACUCCGUCAAUUUGACAGGCAGUAUAUAUCUAAAUUAUAUUCUGAUAGCUGCAAUCGAAAUACCUGGCUUUUGGACCGCCGUCUUGGUUUUAGACAAAAUUGGAAGAAGAAUCACUUUGUUUUGUGGGUUCAUGGUCUGUGGCAUUUGUUGUUUAGCGUUUGCUUUUGUCUCCAAAAGUCUGUACACUGUAACAUUAAUUCUUUAUUUACUAGGCAAGUUCUGCAUAGGUCUUGUCAUGACGUCAUUGUAUUUGUAUACAGCUGAGUUAUACCCAACAAGAUACAGGCAUUCGUUUUUGGGCUUUUCCUCUAUGUUGGGCCGUAUAGGCUCCAUCGUAGCACCUUUAACUCCUGCAUUAAUGGUGUACUGGUCUGGUAUUCCCUCUGUAAUAUUUGCAACUACAGCAAUAUUAUCUGCUCUAUUAGUUCUGUCUCAACCUGAAACACUAGGGUUAAAAGUUCCUGAUACCAUUGAAGAAGCUGAACGCCUUGGCAAAGACUAAUUUGGGACAUUUUCAUCCUUCAUUAUUUUUUGCAUUAUUACCGUUACAUUUUGUGAUACAACGCCAUCUAUCCAUUUCCCUUUAAACUAAUCAAACUUUGAACAGCUUAUCACUUUUCAUGAAACAGUUUCCCUCCUCCGCUAGAUUUCCAUGCGAUGAAACAGUUUACAUCGUGACGAAUAGAUGGCGUUGUUAAAAGUGAUUAUGAAAUAACAUAAAAUAUUCUAUUUUGAUUUAUUUUUGUACCUAUUUAAAUCGGAUAAGCUAUUUUUAAAAGAAAAAUAACGUAAACAAAUUUAAGACUUGUUUGUCUUAUAGGUUAAAUUGUUAGUUAUUUUGUAUUCAUAAUUAGUGUUAUAGUUUUAAAAUGUAAAUAAGUAAUUCAUAUAGUUUCUAGUAUUACUUUUCUUAAAUCUAAAUAGAAGUAAAAUUAUUGUUAUUAUAUAACGGUAUUAGUUCUAGUAGUAUUAUGUGAAUGUCAAUAUAAAUUAUUAUUAUUGAGUAUCUCUGUCACGAGUGAUGUAUAAAUUAAAGGAUUACCUAAAUCAAAAAACGUAGAAAUAUAAAUAUUGUAUUUUAGUUACACUCAAUUACAUUUAAGUUAGAAAUAUAAGAGCUGCUUAGUGGUUAUGGUGCACUCGCAAACCUUUUUCUUUUCGUAUCCGCUGUCAAGCAAAAUAAAAGAAAAAAUUUCGUACA